AUGGAUUUCCUCCAUUACCAAAGGCACUUGUCCUGUGACCAUCAUCCUGGACCCCAAGGACAGAAGAAGACAUCAGGAGACCGUACGGUAGAUACCGGAGACAUUGGUCCCAUUCUACUCUACUCCAUGUCAGAUUCCAACACAACCCAUUUCACUAACCCCUCCGUCUUCAUCCUGCUGGGCAUUCGUGGCCUGGAGACAGCCCAUGUCUGGAUCGCCAUCCCCUUCUGCAUUAUGUACCUCAUAACCCUCUUGGGGAACUGCACCAUCUUGUUCAUUGUGAAGACUGAAUCGAAGCUCCAUGGACCCAUGUACUAUUUCCUCUGCAUGCUGGCCAUCACUGACCUCAUCCUGUCCACUUCCAUCCAGCCCAAAAUGCUGAGCCUCUUCUGGUUCAAUUCCAGGGAGAUCGGUUUCAAUGCCUGCCUCACCCAGCUUUUUUUCUUUCACUGUUUCUCAGAGAUAGAGUCGGGGAUCUUCGUGGCCAUGGCGUUUGAUCGCUACGUGGCCAUCUGCCAUCCCCUGCGACAUUCCACCAUCCUCACAAACUCGGUGGUGAGCAAUGUCUGUCUGGCCGUGGUGCUGCGUGGUGGCUUCAUCAUACUGCCCUACGUCCUCCUGGCAAGGCAGCGGUCAUAUUGUAGAUCAAACGUCAUCUCUGUGCCUUUUUGCGUGCACAUGGCCGUGGUAGAGCUGGCCUGUGGUGACACCAGUGUCAGUAAUUAUUAUGGGUUAUUUGUACUAUUCUGUGUUAAUGGUCUGGAUGUGAUUUUUAUUGUUGUUUCCUACACUCAGAUCCUCAGGGCCAUCUUCCGCCUCCCCACAACGGACGCCCGGCUCAAGACUUUUGGCACCUGCAUUUCCCAUCUCUGUUCUAUUAUAAUAUUUUACAUCCCUGGUCUUUUCUUCUCCCUCGUGAACCGAUUUGACAAGAAGAAGCCUCACCCUUUCCAUGUUCUCAUUAGCAACCUGUACGUCCUGAUGCCCCACAUGUUAAACCCCAUCAUCUAUGGGGCAUUUGUCCUGCGACCAUCAUCCUAG